UUUGUGUACUUCAUCUAAAGCAACACUGCCAUACUGAUAUUAUUAAACAAAUAAAGAAAACUCCUACUUUGCAUCAUUUUUCUAAAACACAACUCCAGAACUGCCUAAAUACGGUAACUUAUUUUGACAGCUUGUGAUUCAUCCAAUAUGGCGACUUCAAUACUUUGCAAAGAGAACAGGUGAAAUGAACAGUUUUAUGAAGUCAGCAAUCAAUGAGAUCAUCAUGAACAGUAAACUAUCAUAUAAAUUAUAAGAUAGAAGUGUGUGGACUCAAUUAAAAAAAAAAGUAGCUCCUUAUUUAUACCCCAGAAUGUGGAAAGUAAGCAUCGCUGUGUACCAAUAGAUCAUUGAUGUUGGAGAAGCAAUAAAGUAAUGAAUGAAGUGAUGUCAAGCAAGAAAAAUAUGCUUCAAAAUCUGGAUGAAUGAACAUUUAAAAACCUGCAGUGCAGUUUGAUAGCAGCAUGUCAGGAGAAAUUUUCCAUCCCAUGGAAAACUCUGAUCAAGUGGAUUCCAAGACCUGGAACCCACUGCAGUGCCCACUGUGUAAUGAGCCCUAUGAAAAUCCAUGCAUUCUUCACUGUUUCCAUAGCUUCUGUGAACGCUGCCUGCGUGGGAGGGCUCUUGAUUCCAAAAUGAAAUGUCCAGUCUGUGGUACAACGACACAUCUAAAAGAUGGAGCUGUCCUUCCACCACGAGAUCUUCUCUUGAAAUUUAUGGUGGAAUCUUCUACAGAUGAGAAAGCUCCAUGUGCUAACUGUGAUUCUUUUGAGAGUAGUGCCAUGUUUUUCUGCAACACAUGCUGCCAGCCAUUGUGUUCUACAUGUCGGGAAGAGACCCAUCGUGCACGCAUGUUUGCCACACAUGAUCUAGUUUUGAUGAACAAGCGCACACGAGAUAUCCAUAAACGAUGCUCACUACAUGGAGAGCCUUAUAUCAUGUUUUCAAUGGAGAAGAAAAUAAUGCUUUGUAUAAACUGUUUUCGAGACAUGAGGAUAGAGAGUCGCACACACUGUGUUGAUCUGGAGACUGCAUACAAUCAAAGCUGUAAGAAGCUUGACCAUAGUGUACAGGCCAUCCGAGAUCUACAGCAUUCAGUACGUGAUGGCAUCCAUCUUUUGCGGACCCUCUUAGAUGAGAUCAAAGAGAAUGCAGAGAAGGAGCAGAAGAGUCUGAUGGACUUGUACACAGCUGUAGUGGACAAGAUGCAGCAGACUAAGGAUAUGCUGUUGGAAGAGGUUGACAGUCAGUAUAGGGAGAAGGAGAAAAUGUUCAAGGCACAGCUGAUGACACUGUCAACACUCCUUCCCACUCUGCAUGUCCACUUGGUCAUGUCUGGUGCCUUCUCCAGUGCCACCAACAAAUUUGAAUUCUUGGAUUGGCUUAUGUGAGUCAUGAUGGACAGACUGAAGUCCAUAGCUCAGCGUCAACAUCCACUGCACCCUACACAAAGUGGCCAGAUUGAUACUGGCCACAGGACACAGUUUGCUAAAAGCCUGGAACCACUCCUUUUUCAUUCUGCACAGCAUCGAAUAUUAUGGGCUCCUGCUAUUCCUGCUUCGAAUGUCUCCCAAUCUACACUCGUUCCCAACAUGAGUCCUGUAACAGCAAGGCGCUCCAAUGGCCUGAAUGGUGCAAAGGUCAAAUUUAUUGAUGCCAAAGGGCAGUUUGCAGAUCACUGUGUAGAAUUUGAGAGUGCUCAUAGAGAUCUGAUUCAGAAGUUAGAAAAGAUGAAAAUCACUUGUCAGGAGGUACAGCGAGAUGUAACCAUGCGACGGUGUUUGGCUCGUAAGGAUGAGAUUCAAAGAUUACAAGAUCAUAUUGAAGGUCUACUGCAACAACUAGAGACACAUUUCAUCACUCUGGAUGGCAAAAAACUGGCUCUUGAAAAGCACUGGGAAGAGAGUUUGCAGCGAAUAGCCAAUGAACAGGAUCUUUACCAAGCUCAGCUUAAUGACGUGAAGAGACUGAAGGCUGAAAGUGACAGACUUCGGCUGAUCACAUCUCAGCUGACUUCCUUUGUAUCAUCCAUCACUGCUGUUACAGAAAGAUUAUCUCCAAAGCUCAGCAACUCUUACCAUUCAAGCGAGCAAGACAACCAAAUGUCAGCUUUGCUGGAAGAGAUCAAUGCUGUCCAGCCAGACUCGCAGCAACGAGUAGAAGCUAUACGAGAUGCAGAGGAAGAGAGGCAAACAAAAUCUGCCAGUCGCACAAAUCCACUUGACUGUGAGCUAAUCAAAACAAAGGGGAUGCUAAAAGCCCCAUCUGUCCGGGACAGAAGAGACAGUACUUCCCUCAAGAGAGAUAGCUCUGCUUUAGUCAUAGAAGACAGUUCUACUUCUGUCAUAGCCAAUGUGGUUGUGACUGUCUCAACAAACAGUAGCCCAGGCGAUGUCAUUUCAGAGCCUUAAUCAAAUUUAAAUGUCAAUAUUAUGUUAGAGCAUUUUUUAAAGUUUUUAUUACAUACGAUUACUGUGGAGUUUUUUUUAUCUUUCUUUUAUGGAAGAAUUUAGAGUUGUUAAGAUGUGUAAUCCAGAAUAUUUCGAUAUUACACUACAUUUGUGUUUGGUUUAUUGUGCAUGUGAUGGGUCUGGCUGAGAUUGCAUGACAUGUCAUCUAAUUCUUUUGGUGGGAAGGGAUUUGAAAAAAUAAAACAGGGAUCUUAAACAUACUCUAAUGUCCCUUGAUUAGUGAGAUCAGGUAAACAGGAUUACAGUUGUGAACCUUUGUCAUUCUGUCAGAUAAGUGAAUAUGUUGGUGUGGCAGUAUUAUGCUGCUAGUAUUUAUUUUAUUCCUUUGUAUGGGAUUAAAUUCUGCAUUCUAAGUAUUGCAUGUGCAUGUUAAUGGAUGCAUAUCAUGUGCAUAAAUAUGCAUAACCUUUAGAAGUGCCUUUCAUGUGAAACCACAUUAAUAACUGUUUAAAUUCUAUGGGGAUGAUAUUUACAGAUGUUUUGUAUUGAUACUUGAUAAUUAUUCAUAAUAUUUCUGCUAGUCUUGUACCAACCCAUAUAGCAAUGUCCAUUCAAGAGUGACUGGAAUUCUUGGUUUGUGUUUAGGACCACUGAGUCUGUAGGCGCCAGUUCAUAUGUGUUCCGCCUAUCAAAAUAUUUGUCUUUGUGUGAGAGUUUACUGAUGUUUUUUAGUCAUCAUAAUGCCUAGAAAACUUUGCCAGCGCUGUCAGUUAUAUUUUUUGGCAUCACCACCACCAUUGCUCCGACCUGUAGUUUGGGUAUGUUUGUCAACCACAUUGCCUCAGCCGAUCAAUGGCAGAAUUUUGUGCUAGUGACUUUAACUUUAUUCCCUCCAAAAAUAAAUUCUGGUCAAGAGCUUUGUAGUUUUUCACUCAGCCAAGUAAGAAACUAUACAGAGGUAGAACAAAGAUAUUGGAGCAGUGUCAUUUCUGUGUUUUGUCUAAUGUAACAACAGACAAAUGUAAGGGCAAAAUAUAAUGCAGCUGUAUAUGGAUAUAUUAUUGUUUAACUGAUUGUUGUAUGAAUAAUGUUCACAUUAUUUUCUGUGUUUAAUUAGAUGUAACAUUUGAAAAUCAUUACUGAUACAUAUAUUUUUUUGAUCUUCAGAUUUGCACAUCUGGAAGUUCCAAGUGUUAAGCUUGGUCCAGCUCAGUCUAUGUGAAGUGCAGGUCACAAACCCUUACAGCAAUAAUGAUAUUCAUGCAACUUUUGCAGUAGUGUUUGCUCACCGCAAUUUUUUUAAUGUGUGUUUAUGCCAGAGUGCCAGCAAUGUUCCAUCAAAGGCUACACAGAUGUUUCUGCCAAAUGUUUAUUUUAGAAGCACACAAAAUUUUCCUGCUAUGUGCAUGCUGGCAUACACAUGGCAGUUAUAUGGGUUUGUUUGAUCUUUUUUGUUUUAAUUUAGAUAUUGUUUUUAAGAGAGAAUGAUUGCACAUUUUUUUAUAAGUCAGAAUUUUCACAAACUCAUGGAACUCUAUCAAAAUGGUGAUCUGAUUUACUUCAGUCUAUGUAUAUGACAAAAAUGGAAAUGUUUUUAUCCCUCUGAAUUUGACUCAGCCAACCCUGUCUCACUAUGAGAGAGGAAGAAUGUGUUUGUCCUGUAGAGCAACAUGUGUCUGUGGCGCCCAUGUCGUUACUCAGCUUUUGACCUUAGCCUGCUGCUCAUGUCUACUACAGCUAGAGGAUAGAUCCAUAGGUCCCAUGACCUUUCACAUUCCUUGGUCAUCUUCUCUUGACUGUAGCUGUCCUCUGUCCAGAGUUUUCCAUCAGGUAGAAACAUUGUGUAAAUCACAUUAAGAGAAUUCCUAAACAUGUAACAAAAAUUUACCAAAGGCCUCUGAAAAAGUACACGAUUUGGGGUUGGAGGUCAGGAAAUGUAAAAUAAUUUAGCUUGGAAGUUACAUCGUGAAAGACAUUGUGUCAAAAGCCAGACAUGAAAUAAGGUAUUACAUCAUUACUGAUUAUCACACAUCAGUUAGAUUAUUGUUUAUGCCUAAAAAUGUGGCAUCAGGUUAAGACCAUAAUAAUGUAGAUUGUUGUAUACUUCUUAUUUUGUUACUAAUAAGACUAAAAUAUUUGUUGGGUGGGGGUGGGAGGGUGGUGUUAGAACCCUCAAGAAUUUUUACUGAUGGUCUGAAAACUCCUAAUAAUUCCAACUUGCAUUUUAUGGAUGGGAAACCCUGGGUCCACAGUCUGCCAUGCAUGCAGCAGGUUAGGGUUAAGAGCAGGUGUACCAUACGGGCGCAAGUGACACAUGUGUUGAGGGCUACAAGUUGUGCUUCACAAACAUUUUGACACCUUGUGUUGAGGCUCAUAGCUCUACAUACAGUGUGACCUCAUAAUCUAACUCUUCAUUUUUCAACCGCUUGUUCCAUUUCCUCUUCAUGCCUAUGCGACCAUCUAUGUUGUGUAUUAGUGCUUCAUCUUUUCUUGCUCUCUGUGGGUCAGAUGAUAGCACCACUGUUUAGCUAAGGCUCUGCACUGAUCUCUAUCUUCCUGCUGAGCUACAAGGAGAUCAACUUUCUGCUGACUCUGAGAUCUUCCUGGGUCUUUCCCCUAGUCACAGUUUGUAAGGAGGACUAUUUCAGCAAGACCUUUCAUAAUGAAUUGAAACUAAAUAGUGAUUUUAGACAUUUAGAACAACGAAUGGGCAGCCAGGGACUAGGCCAGAUAGAUCGUUGCCAGUCCUGACACAGUAUUAGCUGGGAGAGGGAGGAGAACACAGUUUCUGCGAUUCUGUCUUGCAACACAUAAACUUUAAAAGUUUAGGAAGUCCACUUUCUUUUUAUGUGUAAAUUUUGUUUAAAAUAUUUUUUUUCACCAAAUUCUCAGAUUUGUAUUGAAAUUGUCAUGUUAUUUUCCUACCCGUCCAUAUCCAUAUUUCUGUAUUCAUCAUAAGACCUGUAUUGCUUUGUACAAGCUGCCAGACACAUAAACUGUCUUAUAGCCAUUGACCUGAGUGAUAACAAUGGUCAGAUGCUUAUAGGUUUCACUUACACAUGGUGCAAAAUUGUGAGGGCAGCCAACUCCAGCUUACUAAUAGUUUUUGAAUUGCAUUAUGAGUAUUUUGGAGUUUAACAUCAAUGUGUUCACAUUUUGUCAGGGAAAAUUUUGAACAGAUUUCAGCAUUGUCGGAAAUAAUCAACAAAGGCAGUCUUUAGCUGCAGAUCCGUGUUCCUAGAUAUAUUUUUAGCACAAAGUCGACAAAGGAGAAGAGGGAUGAAGCCUCAGAUUUCCUUUUGUGUAAACAAUCAAAGCAUAAAGAUCAGAAAGCCUUUUCGUUUGCAUCUCUUCCUGUGGAAAUAUUUUUGGAAACUGCAGCAUCUUGUCAAUGUAAUAUGAAAGGUAGCCACUCUUGUACUUUACCCGAAGUUUUGAGUGACUGCACAAGCCUGUGAGUUGGUUCAGGUGUUAAAAGGAAGAAGAAAAUCUGCAGCAUUCAUCUAACAAACUGUGAUGUGUGGACAGGAGAACAAAGAUAUAUAUAUUUGGACAUUGUUUUCAGAUUGGUUUAGAGAUACUAUAUCAGUCUUGAAAAUCUUUUGUGUUGAUGUUUUGUCUUCCUUUUUUGGUUUGUAGAUCCAUUUUGAUUUCUAGUUCUUCUGAGAGCAAUUUUUAUUAACUUACAUUUCUGUUCACUUGGGCGUUAUUUGGCUGUUCAUUUUAAACAGAAAUGGAAAACCUCUAGAUUGCGAUAGAACUGAUAAGCGUCAUUGUGUUCCGCUAUCAGAGUGCACCCAAUGAUAUUCUAUAUAUUUCAUGAGCAACUUCUACCAGUGGAGUGAUGAUGCCCAUUGCAAUGUUAGAGCCCGUCUGCCUAUUUUGAUUGCUGGCUGGUGAUCUGCUGAAAUAAAGAAGCCAACUGAAGUGUUGUGUUUAUUACCCCUUUA